AUGGGUGCAUUGAAUUGCGAUGAGAAGCGGCCAAUAUGCUCAAAUUGCAUCUCGUCCGAGCGACUAUGCGGAUAUGCCGAGUUAACCUUCUUAGCAAUGCAGCCUGGAGGAGCGGGCAGGAAGAGGGCACGAUCACAAGAGUCACCCAGCUCUAGUAGCCCUCCGGAGCUGCCCUCUCUAGCACAGCCAGAUCCGCCUGUCAAUAUGCUGCAUGCCGAGUUAUUUUACCACCUCUCAACAAAAACAUUACCUUCCCUCAGUGAAAAUGAUAGUAGCCUAACUAUCCUACCUGAGGAGACCAUAAACUACGGAUUAGCUGCACCAUACCUCAUGAACGAACUUUUGGCCCUCGCCGCACUUCACCUCAGCAUCAUUCGUACACCACAAAAGGAGUUCUACCGAUAUCACUCAGCGCAACUACAGAACCAUACCCUUCGACUGUUUCACGAGACUAAGCUAGCGCACAGUGGGCAGGUAUCCGUGCCGGCAUUCUGCUUCUCGUCUAUACUCGGAUUGCACCUACUCUGCGACACACUAGCAUUCAGAGAUGACGACUUUCAGGACUUCCUCGACCGGUUUAUUCACUACCUCCGUAUCCACCGCGGGGUACGUACAAUAAUCAAAGGGAAUUGGGGUUUUCUGAAGCAAACGUCACUGGGUGGCGUCCUCACUGAAGGCGAAGCAAGGCUGGAUAAUGAGUUGGGGCACGAAGAGGUCUGCGGACGCCUCCUUGGGCUAAUAAAAAAAGCAAAACUAGGCCCAGUGACUACACGAAUCUACGAACAGGCAAUUGAAGCUUUACAACGGUCCAUGAAUGCGUCCAAAGAUGACACAGCGGGGGGCGGAAGGCAUGGUGCCACGGCAUGGCCCGUUAUGGUCUCCGUGGAGUAUACCGACAUGCUAGUGGAGCGAAGGCCUGAGGCUCUUGUCAUCUUAGCACACUACGCAGUUCUUCUGUAUCGCUGUAGGGACAUGUGGAUUUUUGACGAUGGUGGGAGGUUCCUAAUAGGCUCGGUAGCUCGGUAUCUCGGUGCUGAGUGGCGCGAAUGGAUGGAAUGGCCGCAGAGCGUGUUGGUUGGGUCGGCGGACCAGUGCCAAGCUGCUGGCAGUUAA